AUGUCUUGGGGACCACCAUUCAGCCAACUAUACCAUUUGACAAUAUAUUGUUUGUAUAUUGUUCAUCUUCCCCGAACUAGAAUUAUGAGCUUUGACAAACCAAUAGAGUCUACUCCAUCUUAUUCUAGGAAUUUAGAACAUGAGAGCCCAGCCUACAAUAAGUAUUUCAAUUAUGUGCUGAAGAAUGAGAGGUGGUUAGCUUUAAUCAGAGACUAUACAUCAGGGGAAGAAAUUUUUCUGAAAAAAAAACAAACAAAACAAAACAGUGAACAUGUGCUGAAUGAGAAAAUAAGUAAUUUUGUCCAAGAUUCCACAGUGAUUAGAUGGCAGGGACAAAAUUCAAAUCCAGAUGUUCCUGUCUUCAAGGUCUCUGUAAUGAGAAAUACUGUAAUGUCACAAAGCAUUAUUUAUAUGUUAAAAAGCAUUAAUUGCUAG